AUACCUGUAUUGUUAUUGUAGUAGGUACGACGGUGUAGGUACGACGGUCGCGUGUAAAUUGUAAUCAUCCGCCAGUGUAAUAAGCGCGACCGGUUCGUUCGAUCCGCCGCCGUCGGUUACAACGAUAAUUGUCUGGCGCGAUGGCGAUGUUGGUGGAACGCCGCGACAACGUGGUGUGCAUAUCGCCGGUGGAGUCGCUGAAAAUGCUGGUGCUGUCGCUGUUCUGGGGAACGUGGAUUGUUCUCAAGAACGGGCUGUUCCGGGCGAUCAACACCCUGCCGGCCGGCGGACGCGGUUCGGUCAGCCGCAGAGACUGCCCGCCGCCGUGUCUGACCAGCACGGUUUACGGCACGCACUCUUACGCCAAAGUCAAGGGUGUGAAAUUUCAUUACGUCGAAUGCGGUGACCCCAAAGGCACUGUCGUUCUUCUGCUACACGGAUUUCCAUCAUGCUGGAUUAGUUGGCACCAACAAAUACCGCCACUGUCAAAAGAUUUUCGUGUAAUCGCAGUGGACCUGAAAGGUUUUGGGGAUUCCGACAAACCGUCGUCGCGGAAGGGCUACAGAGUGGACAAUCUGGUCAACGAGAUGGUCAUGUUCCUGUCUACAAUUGGAGUGGAAGCCACGCGAAAAUGCCACGUGGUCGGUCACGACUUGGGAGCACUUUUGGGCUGGUACUUAGUGCACUUGAGGCCAGAGUUUGUUUCCAAGUUCGUAGCCAUUUCGUGUCCGCAUCCAAACGUUUACUGGGAAUACCUGCCGACGUCUAGCUUCUUCAAUAAAAAUUGGAUUUGCUUUAGUCAGCUACCGUAUUUGCCGGAAAUGGACGCUUUACAGAGUGAUCUCAAGAUAAUAAAUCAGUGUUAUCAACAUUUGAUUAAAACCAAACAAAAAGACGACUUAGCUUACAUCGACGCGUACAAAUACACGUUUUCGAGAACUGACUGGACGGGUGCGAUUAAUUAUUUUAGAAAUUUACCAUUUUAUCGAAUCGAUUCUCGGAUCAACGACACAUCAACGACAAUAAACAAGGACGACCAAGACGUGCUGCACGUACCGUGUCUGCUCAUUACCGGCAACGACGAUGACCACGUGCGAAUGGAAAGCGUUAUCAAAUCCACAGAGUACCUUAAGACGUUUACCUUGAAGAUUAUCGAAAAGUCUACACAUUUUCCACACCAGGAACAACCACUAGCGGUUAACGAUAUUUUAACUUCGUUUUUAGUUCCUGUCAAACCAACCGAAGAACGACCACGGCGGCCAAACAAUAGCAGUAUGGUUGAACGAUUUAGAGGCUUAGUGACGUCGACUGUUCAAAUGGGAUAUUCUUUGAAAGACACGGUGCAAAAACGAAGAACGCUGUCAACCCUUCAAUUAAAAACAUUAGAGUUUAAAUAAACGAUUGUUUUUUAUUUUAAAGUUAUUUGUGUAUAGGGUUCAAUAUGUUUGUUCCAGUUCGAUUAACAGUUAAAAAUGUAGAGUCGAAAACAAAUUACUCGUAUCUAAUCUAGUUUUAUUAAUUGGUUUAACUAAAAAUAUGUUAUUUUAAAAGAACACUAUUUUAUUGUUCGUAUAAAUGGCAAUUACUUAAAUAGGCUACAUUAAAACGAGUUUAUAUUAAAAAAAUAUUAUCUAUGUUAAUACAUUUCAAUAGACUGCUCAGAACCAAUUUUGAGUCAAUUAUAUUAAUUGGUCUAACAAGAUGUAAAUUGUAAAGAUUGCAGGAUUGUUCAAAGUACAAUUGUACCUAAUAUUUAUAGUCAUUUGUAUUGUAUAUUUUUUUUUUUAAGAUGAUUUCUGUACAUACCUACGUUCAUUAUUGUUGUUAUUAUUAUUAUUAUUUAAUUAUUUGUUAGAUUCCAACUAUAGAUAUUGGACUUUUUAGUAAUGUACGCCGAAGAUGUGUUUUUCAUUGAUUUUACGAUUUUGUAUGUGAUUGUUUAAAUUAUUUAAAGGUUCUAGUUAUAUUUUGAUAUAAACUUUUUAUACAUUCAAAUUUUAAUUCUUCUUAUUCUCUGUCGGGAUCCCAGUUAUUUGGGAACGACCAAAUAAAUGUAUCAAAAUCAAUGUACCUAUCUUUGUAUUAUGCUUUUAAACUCAUUAUUUCAUGUUCUCCUAAUCAAUAUUCUCCUGACAUUCUCGUCAAAAUUUCUGUUAAAACUGGUUCUCCUGCUUUCUUAUCAACUUUAAAUUGCUGUCUUGUUCCUAGG